AUGACUCAACGGCAAAAGAAUUCAUGGUGGGCGAUCCAUUCGGUUGGGGUGUGCCACACACAUAAAUUCUAUGAUAAGUGGUCAAAUCACCAUACCUUCAAACCUCAUGAAGUGCUCGUAUUUAAUUUCACCGGCAAACUUUCUAACAAUGACGUUGCAGAAGUGACGAGGAAGGCGUAUCUCAAAUGUGAUUCUGAAAACCUAAUCUCACAACAGACCACCAAUCUCGCUAGAUUUAACCUUAAGAACAUGAGCAUGAACAACCACUAUUACAUAUGCACCGUACACAAAAAUUGCAAGUUAGGACAUAAAUUAUCGAUUACGGUUUCCUUCAUUCGUUAA